AUGGGCAACUCGUACCAGAGAAAACCGAACACAAAGUACAAACUUCCAAUCCAAUGGACAGACGAAAUCCGCCACAAACACUGUGGUGCCGUUGACAUCGGUCGAGACGGCAAGCCUAACAAGGCUCAUCGGUGUAAGGCGUGCCUCGCCGUCAAGGCCCGAGAAAGCAAAUUGCGCAACGGGCCUGAUGAUAUCAAGCUUGGAAGGGAGGAAAAAAUGGAAUUAAAGUUUGGUGAUGUCCAGCAAAAGAAAGAGAAAUAA